GGGGCCGAGCAAGGCAGCUGGCUUGUAGGAGAGGGUGGGUGAGCCAGUGUAGGGUGAGGAGGCAUCUGCACGGGUUUGGCUACAGCAGUGGCAGUGGUGGGGUGUACAGGGUGUCUCUGUCCAUGAAUAGAGUGGCAGAGACCAUGGGAGACAAAUUUCUCCCUGUAGGAGAAGGGGGUACAAAUGUAGAAAAGAGAACCUGAGAAUGAACCUAUGGCACUGGAUUUGGAGGCAUUGGGGUGAACUCAGUAUAUAUGUAAAUAUGUGAAUAAAUAUGUAAAUAAAUGCAGAUGCAUAUUCGCAUCUCUUAAUAUGGAGAGAUGGAAAUCUGUGUGUAUGGUGUGUGUGAACUCAGACACAUUCCCCAGCUCUGUCUACAGAGGCCUGGAAACAGAGACACCCUAUUAGCAGCGAGCACAAGAUAAGCGUGAGACAUUUUGUUCCAGAAAGUAAGAAAGUGCUCUAAGUGUCAUGACAAUAAGAAACUGUGGAAGUCCCUACUAGCCACAUCUGGGAUAAUUUGGGCAUCAGAAUAACUAAUGAUAGUAACAAGUUAUAACCCAUGAGCCCAUGCUGAUAUAAAUAGGUAAAAUAAACCCUCUAAAGAGAAUUCUAUUUCUUAUAAUAGGAUGUGCCACUAAUAAAUGUAGAAGGAAUGUGGGAAUUUUCAAAAUCACGAUUUGGCAACCAUCAUAGUAAAUAAAUAAUUCAGCCAUGUACAUCAAUGGGUUAGUCUCAAAGUAUCUCUCCCCAAAAUAAUUAGUACUAUAAAAAAACUAGCUUGUAAUCUUCAAGAUUCAAGGAAAGAAGAGUGGAGAAAGACUGAGGGAUUGUCUGAGUUGGAAGAAAACUAAAAAGACUUGGUAACUCAAUACCAUAUGAGAUCCUGGUUUGCAUCCUUGCGCUGUAAAGAACAUUGUUGGGACAAUUGGUGGAACUUAAAUGGAGUCUGUGGGUUAGAUGGUAGUGACAUGUCAGUGUUAAUUUCUGGAUGUUGAUGUUCAUACUGUGGUUCUAUAGGAGAAUAGCUUUGUUUGUGCGAAUUCGGGUAUUUAGGGUAAACGGUAUCAUGUUAGACCCUAUUCACAGGUGAUUUGGGAGGAAAAUGCUGUGAAUUUGAAAAUAUUUCAAAAAAUUUUAAUAGCAAAAUAACUAUUCUUUCAGGUACAUUCACCACUAGAGAAAUUAUUUUCUUUGAAAACUGCAAAGACAAGACUUUUCAUAUAAACCUACAGCAGGACAAUGUGUUUCCUUAUUGGGACUUUUUGAUACUUAUCAGAUAUAAAAAUAAUAAGCAAAUAGAGGCUCCUUAAAAGAGAACUUUUUAAAAACACGUUCAAUACACACUGAAUACACACACACACAGAGAGCCAGUAAAGAAUUUCAAAGUGGCUGGUAUAUUUGUAUAUCUACUCAGGUUCCUACACUUGUGACCUAAAAACAAUUGGGCAUUUUUCAGGAUUUAAAAGCCACCUCCUGAAAAAGACAAUAUUGGGGUUUAUGUUUUUGUUGUUGUUGUUCCUCCCCAACCCCCCACUCUUAGUUUCCUGAAGUGAAAUGAUUGUUGUUCUUUUGCAAAGUCAUUGAGAAUGGAGCCACACUACCUGCUUUGGAAUCCUGACUGUCACUUGGAAGAUAUGCCGUCUCUCAGACAGUAUUUGAUUUUUCUCAGCCUCUGUUUUCCCAUCUGUAAAUCAGGAUAAUAAUGUUGAACUUGCAAGUUUGUCAACAGUAAAUGAGAUAUAUAAAAAGCAUUUAGACUGUGGCACAUAGUAAGCACCAAGUAAAGUUGGCUACUGUUGUUAUUUUUCAUGAAAAGUUAAAAUGCUUUCAUAAAAUCAUUUGAGGGUGAUUAUGUUGGCUCUCUUUUCUCUCAUCAGGAGUAGAAUUACUAGCAGGCUAUAAAAGUUACGGCCUCUGCUGUUAAACCUGUCUUGAGAUCAAACUAAAGCCUGGAGGUGGAGCAUAUUCUAGAAGUCAGGCAGUGCAAGGCCAUAGAGAGACUUGAGCUUUGGUUAAAUUCCAGACCUGCCACUUAACAAGCUUUGCCACUUUGGUCUUGAUCUGUAAAAUGUCUAUGAGGAACAAAUAAUCAUAGAAUCCCAAGGAUUGUUGGAGGUUAAAUGAGAUAAACUUGGCAAAACAUCUAAUUAAGUGAGUAGCCUAAAGAAUGUCCUCAAAAAAAGUGAUGAUUAUUUUUAUUCUUUUAAGAGCACAGGAGUAGUUUAUUUAAAAGAAUACAGGCCUUCAGAUCAGAGAUAGUAGCAGAAUGUUUGAGGGCAUUUUCGAGAAAUGUGAUAAGCUCGUCACUGUUUGUUCCUGCAGAGGUUUGGACUGCCAAGGGUGGGCUUAAAUUCCUUCAGGAGGAAUCUCAGUUGACAGGAAACAUGUGAGAUGCUGGAGAAGGGUAGACAGCCGGCUUUCUAGAACAGUGUCGGUUUAGUGGGUAUCAGUCUUGGACCCACGGACAAAGGACAGAGUGCUCCAUCCAGUCCCAUCUGUGUUUAAGUUAUGAAAAGAACAUUGAUUUUUUUGGCAGUAAAAAUGUAAGCCUUUCUUUAUCCCACGGGCUGGUCACAUCAGGUGCAUAAUUAAAAUGUAUCUAUAUAUUUUGUUUUAAAGAAAAAAAUGUGCUUCCUUUAGGGAAAAUGUUAUCUAAAAUUAGUGGCUCUUAAUCAUUGUCUAGGACUUCUUUAGAACUCUGAGUAUUAGCCAAAGAAGUUUUUCCUGAUGCACUUUCUUCUGCUUCUAUUCAUUCACUCAAUCACGCAACAAGUAUUUAUUGAGAACUCCUAAUAUUCCAGGUACUGUGCUAGAUGUUGAUUGUAAAAAAGUUAACAAAAUGGAUCCCUCAUGGAACACGACUCACUGUCUACUGCUCUUGUAGCCUCUAGUGAGUUUUAUGGGAGCUCGUUGCAAAGGAGCAUUCUUUGAACCAUUAAACAGAUUAUUUUGUCUACAGAUAUAUAUUUGGUGUAUAUGCAAAGGAGACAGGCUUGUCUCCACAUUUGCCUGGAAUUACCAUACCUAGAGAUUUCCUUCCAGCAGCGUCCCUUAUAUGUUGUAAACAGCAGGCUGUUUGGGCUUUGGUGACUUUGCAGCCUGUGGCUUGUAGGAGAGGUGCCCAUCCCUGAUAGCUGGUGUGAAAUUAAACUUGGGCUGGUUGCUGGUUGACUCUAUCAUGAAAUAGAAGCUCUCAGUGUCACUGUUUUUAAUACAGGGGAGGAGAUUUUUUCUUAAAAAAAAUCAUGGCGAUGUUACGUCUCUCAGCCGACUAGUGGUACAAAGGAAAACUGCUGCUCAGGUCUGAACUGCCAAAGGAAGAAAGCUGCAAUUACAGUACAUUUCCCUAUUACAAAGAGCACUGGCUUUUCCAGGAAGAGCCGUAUGCAGCAAAAAGCACACCACAGAAGAACUUCGGUAGUGAGCGGGCUCUGUUUUCACCAGAUCUGCUAGUAGCAUGUUUAUUCAGUGCGGUGCCUCUGCUGAGAUAAGAGCCGCUUCCUUCGGAUGCCCUAGACUGCCGUUUGUUUAGCUGGAGAACUUAAUGAGUAAUGGGUUUGCUUGUCUGGCCGAUAUAAAGUGUUUCCACAGCCUGUGUCUGUGUUUAGAGAGAGCAGAAGAGAGACUACAGGCAGCAGUUUGUCGUCUUAGUGCUCCAGCUGCGGCUGCAACAGAGGAGGACGAGAGAACAGCUAGUGGACCAGGGCAUCAUGCCACCUUUGAAGAGCCCAGCGGCAUUCCAUGAACAGAUAAAAAGCUUGGAACGAGCCAGAACCGAAAACUUUUUGAAACACAAGAUUCGGAGCCGACCAGAUCGUUCUGAACUUGUCAGGAUGCACAUUUUAGAAGAAACAUUUGCAGAGCCGUCCCUGCAGGCUACCCAGAUGAAGUUGAAAAGAGCUCGACUAGCAGACGAUCUGAAUGAAAAGAUUGCUCAAAGACCUGGUCCUAUGGAGCUGGUAGAGAAAAACAUCCUUCCUGUAGACUCCAGUGUUAAGGAAGCAAUUAUAGGCGUUGGAAAGGAGGACUAUGCCCACACUCAGGGUGACUUCUCAUUUGACGAAGACAGCAGUGAUGCUCUGUCUCCAGACCAGCCCGCAAGCCAGGAAUCGCAGGGGUCAGCCACGUCCCCAAGUGAGCCAAAAGUUAGUGAAUCGCCAUCUCCUGUGACUACCAGCACUCCAGCCCAGUUUACUUCAGUGUCCCCGGCAGUUCCUGAAUUCUUGAAAACCCCUCCGACUGCAGAUCAGCCCCCCACAAGGUCCGCAGCUGCCGUCCUCCCCGCGAACACUGUGUCCUCAGCGAAGCCUGGCCCAGCACUGGUAAAGCAAAGCCAUCCCAAGAAUCCAAAUGACAAACACCGUAGCAAAAAGUGCAAAGAUCCCAAGCCACGGGUAAAGAAGUUGAAGUACCACCAAUACAUUCCACCAGACCAGAAAGGGGAGAAGAACGAGCCGCAGAUGGACUCCAACUACGCCCGCCUGCUCCAGCAGCAGCAACUGUUCCUGCAGCUGCAGAUCCUGAGCCAGCAGAAGCAGCACUACAACUACCAGACGAUCCUGCCCGCGCCAUUCAAGCCACUCGGUGACAAAAACAACAACAGUGGGAAUUCACCUUUGAACAAUACCGCACCUAACACACCAAGACAGAAUACACCUGCUCCUGUGAGAAAGCCAGGGCCUCUGCCUUCCAGUUUGGAUGACUUAAAGGUAUCAGAACUGAAGACAGAACUGAAGUUAAGGGGUCUGCCGGUGUCCGGCACCAAACCGGACCUCAUCGAACGCCUGAAACCCUACCAGGAAGUGAGCAGCAGCAGCCUUGCUGCCGGCAGCAUCGUGGCAGUGUCAUCGUCAGCCAUCGUCACCAGUAACCCAGAAGUGACCGUGGCGUUGCCGGUUACCACACUGCACAACGCCGUGACUAGCUCAGUCUCCACCUUCAAGGCAGAGUUGCCAUCUGCCGGCGCCGCUGCCCGGGUGGAGAACGCUCAUUCCCCUCUGCCCAUCUCGCCGGCUCCCUCCGAACAGUCCAGCCUCAGCACCGACGACGCGAGCAUGGCAGACACGUUCACCGAGAUCAUGACCAUGAUGUCUCCUUCCCAGUUCCUGUGUUCCUCUCCUUUGAGAGUGGCAAACAACGAGGACAGCCUGAGCCCCACCAGCAGCACCCUGUCAAACCUGGAACUGGACGCGGCCGAGAAGGACCGCAAGCUCCAGGAGAAAGAGAAGCAGAUCGAAGAGCUGAAGAGGAAACUGGAACAAGAGCAGAAGCUGGUGGAAGUUCUGAAAAUGCAGCUCGAGGUUGAAAAACGAGGGCAGCAGCAACGGCCACUGGAAGCCCAGCCCGGCGCCCCUGCUCAUUCCCUCAACAAGACAGAUCAGAAACACGGCAGCGUCGGUUCCUGCGUCAAAGACGAGACCUUGCUCCCUGACUGCUCCAGCUCCAGGCAGCCUGUCCCGGGGGCCAGCCACGCGGUAGCCCAGCCUGUCUCUACAGGUGGCCAGGCCCUUGUUGCCGCAAAGGCUGUAGUUAUCAAGCAAGAGGUCCCCGUGGCCCAGGCGGAGCAGCAGAGCGUCGUCUCACAGUUUUACGUGAGUUCCCAGGGACAGCCGCCACCUGCCGUUGUCGCUCAGCCCCAAGCUUUACUGACCACACAAACUGCUCAGCUGCUGCUCCCGGUGUCCAUCCAGGGCUCGAAUGUCACCUCAGUACAGCUCCCAGUAGGCAGCCUCAAACUCCAGACUCCACCGCAAGCAGGAAUCCAGACUCAGCCCCAGAUAGCAGCUGCUGCACAAAUACCCACUGCCGCCCUGUCCUCAGGCUUGGCCCCGACCGCACCUCAGAAACAAGACACUUUCACACCGCACGUGCUCGGCCAGCCUCAGCCCGUCAGAAAGGUUUUCACAAACUCGGCACCAUCGAAUACGGUCAUUCCGUAUCAGAGACCAGCUGCUCCCGCGGUCCAGCAGCCCUUCAUUAACAAGACCUCCAACAGCGUCCUUCAGCCCCGAAACGCCCCACUUCCAUCCCUGCAAAACGGACCUAACACUCCCAGCAAGCCCAGUUCGCCCCCUCCGCCUCAACAGUUUGUCGUCCAGCACUCUCUGUUUGGGAGCCCAGUCACCAAGACAAAAGACCCUCCCCGCUACGAGGAGGCCAUCAAGCAGACGCGCAGUGCACAGGCGCCCCUUCCAGAGAUUUCCAGCGCACACAGUCAGCAGAUGGACGACCUCUUCGACAUCCUCAUUAAGAGUGGAGAGAUAUCCCUCCCUAUAAAAGAAGAGCCUUCUCCCAUUUCCAAAAUGAGACCAGUGACAGCCAGCAUCACCACAAUGCCAGUCAAUACAGUGGUGUCCCGGCCACCACCCCAAGUCCAAAUGGCACCACCUAUAUCCUUAGAACCUAUGAGCAGCUUGUCUGCCAGCUUGGAGAACCAACUAGAAGCUUUCCUGGAUGGCACUUUACCUUCGGCCAAUGAGAUUGCUCCACUACCAACCAGUAGUGAAGACAGAGAGCCCUUCUCGCUGAUUGAGGAUCUCCAGAAUGAUCUGCUGAGUCACUCAAGCGUGCUGGACCACUCGCACUCACCCAUGGAGACUUCCGAGACCCAGUUUGCUGCGGGGACCCCCUGUCUGUCUCUGGACCUUUCAGACUCAAACCUGGACAACAUGGAGUGGCUAGACAUCACCAUGCCCAACACAUCGUCAGGGCUCACUCCUCUCAGCGCCACCGCGCCGAGCAUGUUCUCUGCUGACUUUCUAGACCCACAAGACCUACCUUUGCCAUGGGACUAAAGUCACAGAUGUCUUGUCUCAGAGUUCACAAGGUGUAAGAACAUGAAGAAGAUUCUCAAAGGUCAGUCUUUAGAGAUAGAUCCAUAGUUGCAUUGUUGCAAUUAAAGUAUGUUGUCACAGAAAGAAUGGAUAGAAGGUCAUAGCCUGGAACCCAACUUCGAAAACAUUUCGUCGCAUUCAGCAAUGAAAUUCUACGGUGAAUUUCUACAAUUGAAUUUAGCACAGGGCCUUCUGAAAAACACACUAGACAAAGACGACUCACCUAUUUCUCCAGACUUCAGUAAAGAAUGAAAAGUACCUUUAGAUAAAAACAUAAAGAAAAGUAAUGUGUGCAGGAAAACGACACUAGCAUUCUCUGGUAAUCAACUACAUUUAAACCUGUGUGGUCACUUUAAGACCCUAAAUAGAAGGCAGACGGCUUCACUCAAAAAUAAGGCUGUUGAGGGGAGGGGAGGGGUCACUGCACUUAGUACUUGCUAGAGACGCCUCAGCCAGGCCACGCCACAGCAGGGGUCAAGGGCACGGGACAGCGCUGGCCGGUUUGGUGACAGCUUCCAGCUGGGGACUUUGGGUUCCAUUCAGAAACCUAUGUAAUUUUUUUGUGAUUUUUGGAAUCUUAACUUUAUAUCUCCAAAUUUAAAUAUAAAUGGAAAAAUCUUUCACCAUAACCAGAAGAUGUCCACAAAAAAUACCAUCAUAAACAAUGCACUGUAAAAAGUCCAGGUGUAUUGAUAACACUGACAACUCGCAACCCUCUGGGUUGACUGGAUUAACUUUAAUGUAUAUAUUAAGCACUUGUAUGUACGCUCUGACAUUGUGAUUUGUACAGCCUACAUUGGGGUAAGGAAAUGGGUAUCCAGUGGUCCUACUUUUUUUUAAUGAUGCAAAUAUUUCUAGAAUACUUGAGCCACAUUUAUUUCUGUAUUUAAAGAAUUACUGACUAACUUUCAGGUAACCAGACCCAUCUCAAAGAACCAAGAAAAGGCUUUAGCAUGAAAUGUCUUUCUGAGCUGGUGAGCUAGAAGAACGAGAGGAAGGUAAGAAAGGUCUGUCAUCCACCCGGGACAUUCCCACGACGAGCACGGGCCGGACCGUGUCGUGUGCGCGGUGGCCGCCAGGCCCCGGCUGUCUGUCUUCCGCCGCUCAUCCCUGGUCAUCGUUUUACAGGCUCGUAACUGGACAUCCUACCUGAGCUCUCACUAUAUUGUCAAACCUAAGAUCGAAAAACUGGAGGUUUUAUUAGUUUUUUUUUUAAUAUAGAAAAACAACUUAUUACGUAUUUGUUAAGUUGUUUCUUAAGAAUUUUCUAAAAUGCCAACUAUCACAGGAUUAUUUCAAGCUAGUCAUUUAGAGAUAUGACAAAAUGUAAAUAACUGAACAAAAUCUACCAAAAGAGUGUGGAGGUUUUUGUUAGACACUAACCUUGUGCUCCAGCUCACCCUUGUCAGCCUUGGGGCCGGGGCCCUUCCCCUGGCCACUGACUGGCAGGCGUUCCACAGUGACAGGCAGGAGGCAGCAGACCCAGUACUUGGGAAGAAUUAAUUUGUGAAUCGCUUCUGGGUUUGUGUUUUGCCUAAGAACUGAUCUUAUUUCAGAUUGUUUCUUUAAUAAAUUUUACUACAUGCGAGAAGAGUCAGCUUCCCCGGCAUUGGCACUGCGGGGCGCUCUGCCCAUUGGCACUCCCCGACCCAAAGGCGCUGACGUGCCCUCGAGCGCCACAGGGCGGAGGCCACCCGCCGCGCUCCGUGUAGUCCUCAGUCAGUAGCGAGUGUUUGGCGAUUGGUAAACCAACGCGCGGGUACAGUAGCCCUGUCAACCAGAACGCCACCACCCGACCAAGCCCAGCAGGAGUUUGCCACACUAGAUGUGACGUGACCCUCACGUCAGCCCCCGAGAGGGGCCCAUCCCCAGGGCCGGGCUGUUUCCUUGGGAAGGCACUUUUACGGCAGGGCUUGGCCGUGGGCUCCGUGCUGAGGGUUUCUGUCUGGGGCUCAUCAGGUCCGUACGUGGGCUCCGAGCACCGUCUUCAUUCAGAUUCGAAUGGCGUAUGAAAUCGGCACCAGAUGGCGGUGGGACUGUCGGGGGCAGCUGAACACCUAGUGCUGCUCACUCUUGUCAAGUAACUUUGUAUUUCCAUAACCCUGAGCUGUGUACAUAGAUAGUUUUCUAGCCCUGGGGUCCCUUUAUUGCUUUUAAAAAUAGGGUUUGAAGCAUGCCACAGGAAGGUUGCUCUCCAAAAAUACACAGUGCAGAGCAAGGAAUGCUGUCUCAUCAGCCUGCUCUCUUUUGACUAUGAACUGCUAAAGUGCCCACUUCACAGAUGUGUUCAAAUCCUUAUAUACCAGAACUUCAUUUUUAAAAAGGCGAAGAGUCUCCAGCUCUUAGCUCUCCAAGCAUCCCACUUGCACCAUUCCGCUCGGCCCUCGUGGCCUGGCUCGCGUGGCCAGCCGGGCACCUGGGACACAAGUGCUGCCCUCCAGCGUUUCCACCCUGUAGCUCCAGGUUAGAACGAACACAUACGUGACAUGACCAAAGACAGCGCUCUGUGAACAGGACCCCUCUGACCUAACUCAGUGCCCGUGAUGGGCAGUGCAGUGGGGAAGGGUGUGUGUCGACUGAAGAUUGUUGUUAAGGUUAGUUUCGCAGCCAUUGAAGCACAAGUCAGACACCCCAUUGAAUUUUCAACAUGCACGUGUGUAGUCUGCCAGUGGUACUGUUGUAUAUCAUAUUGCCAAGAAAUAACUAACUCCCAGUCUUUUUUCCCUGUGUAAUCUUGAAACACAGUGGUAUCGACCUUACCUUUCUAUUGUACAUAGAUAUCAGAUCAUCUUAUUGGUGGGAUGAAUAAGAAGAGCUAUACCAAAGCUUCUAUAAAGUCUUUGGCAGGCCAGAGGUAUGUGGUCAUCUUGUACAUUUCAGCAGAGCAUCUACUAAGAAACCUUGUAGGAAGUGUUGGUGGUUCACGUUCUAGUGUUUUUCCUGAAAUGUGCAAUCUACUGUAUAGUAUUUGCCACAUAUUUGUAUAUAGAUGUAUUCUGAAUUCCUGGAAUUUCUUGGUUAGAUACUAUUUGUGUUUGUUGCAUAUGAAUAUUUUUGUAAUACUAAAGAGACCUUAUUUAAAUUUCCUUUUUAAAACCUGCAUGGUUCUGUGAUCCAUGUAACUGGCACUUUGGGGCUUGUAAGUGCUGCUUGGGAACAGCGGCGAAGGCAAAGUCCUGGCGAUGAGACAGCGCCACUGCACUGUGCAGUCCACAGACACUGAGGGAUGUCUCAGGAGCAUGGUACCCGUUUUGUCACCAAAGCUGACUCAGGCUUCCUCUACCCCCAACCCCACAUCAUUCCAGGCAGCAAAGCUUCAUUCAGAGUCCUUUCAGAAUUCCCAGGCUGAAACCUAGCGAAACAUCUGUCCUCACAAGUGAUGGGACAGUCCCUUCACUGUCCUCAAAUGGGCCUGGCCUUACGAGAAGCAGUAAAGCACUUUGGCGGGGUUGAAAACAUCUGGGAGAAGCCCACAUUGUAGGGCCAUUUCCGUGGGCCCACAUGGUGGCCAGCCUCAGACCUGCACCUGGCUGGGGACUUCUUAGAGAAAUUUAACGAGAAUAGCUAUUCAUUGUCUACCAGCAGGGCGACACAGGGCAGUUUAACCAAAUUCACAAAUAGCUCCUCAUUUUUCACUAUCCCUUACUGCAAAAACAAGCUGAAUACUGGCAACAGAGAAUGCCCAUACAAACUGUCCUGCUGCCCUGAAGGCCACAACAUUCGCCCCAAAUUACCAAAGGCCAUUAACUGGAAGGUCAGGUUCAUCAAGGGCUGUAGCUCACAAGUGCAUACAUGUAUAUUUGGAGAGCUUCCUAACUGCAUUUCAUCUAAUCUUUUAAAGUAAUUUCAGUCAAAACUGGAAAAUAAUUAAGAUGUAAUUUUUCUUUUUCUGGUUUCAAACCUUCAAUAACUUGUUCGUUCAGCAAUCUUUCUGGGCUACGUUUUUAUUUGUGAAGUGAUUCCGUCUGCAUGGCAAUAAGCAGGUCCGUGUUUUUCCCCCAUCCACCCUUUCUAACGGCGUCUGAGGAAACACAUCCUUGCAAGAGUUUCUACCUGAAAUCUUUCAUUAAAGGCCUGUAAUUCAAAAAGCUGCACAUGUUUACAGAAGAGCUCUUAUCCUCCACACACACACAUCGCUCUGUGAAUCAUUAUCGGAAAACGUCACGAUUUUGUGACGACGAGAUGGCAAUCUCAGAUCUUCAAGGUGCUGUCUGGAAUCAAAACAUGUUCUUGGAGAUAUUAACACAGCUGUAGUGGUUAACAGAGCUUCAUGCCAACUACUAAGACAAAGCUUUAACAAAGUUUAUAGAAUCACCGAAACUCGUAACAAUUACCUCUCUACAUUAUGCUGUAAGGAAUCUUGCUCAUUUGGUAGGAAGAGGAGCAUUUAGGAAAGGGUUUAGUAUCUACCAAAAGUACUUGACCUCAAGUAACCAAUAGUAAAGCAAACUUGCUUUAAAGGAACCAAAGGCAUUGCCAAGUAUUUGCCAAAAGGAGGCAUUUUUUAUUUAAAAUUUGAGACUAAUGAGAUCUCAAAAAAUCAGUCCCAAAAAGGUAUUAUCCAUUUAAGGUUAUAAUUUUCACAAAGAUGUAGAUAUUUCUCUAUUGUUUUCAUGUAAAAUAGUAUAGAGUUGUUUUGUUGGUUUAAGAAUAAUACAUAGUAGUAAUACAAAGUUUUUUCCUUUUUUCUUUUCUUGCUUGCAAUAGAAAUGCAACGUGAUAGGUGUUUCUCUUCUUUAUUUUCAUUGUCACGUUAUGUCUUAGCAUCUCACUUUAUGAAAAAAAGGAGAAAGAUACCAAUCUACAGAGCCCUGCUUGUUGAAGCACUCGUUUAAUAAACAAAUUAUGGCAAUCGGGGGUCCAUUCAUGUAUUGCCUUUAUGUUGUUUUUUAAAAGAAAAACCAUGAUGCCUUUGUAUUUGCUGUUUGCACCCCUGAAAUCAAUUCCAUAUCAUGUUUGAAUGCCAUACAUUUUGCACAUGUACUGUACAUAGGUAAUGCAUACUGUAUUUUUAUAUGUGUGCACAUUUAUCAUCAGAUCUUUUGUACAUAGUGGCAGUAUCGUAGCUGAUCGGGAAAUGUUUGAUAUCUCAGCAAUUUUGCAUUUUUGUGUCUCAAAUAAAAACGUUUUGAUGUACUA